AUGGCUUUCCUUCGGGGGAUCGGCAACGUGCUGAGGAGAUCAGUCACACAAGGCAGCGCCAAUGACGCGCUCGCCGCGUUCCACGCGCCGCAGCCGCACUUAUCGCUGCUCCCCGCCGCCAUGACGCAAGCCGUGCGGUUCAUGUCCGGCAACAAGCUCUUCAUCGGAGGGCUCGCGUGGGAGGCCGACGAGAAGGCCUUGGCGGACGCUUUCUCUGCCUACGGAACCGUAGAGGAAGCCAAGGUGAUCCGGGACCGCUUCACGGGUCGGUCGCGUGGGUUCGGGUUCGUGAGCUUCGCAUCGGACGAGGAGGCUGCGACCGCGCUGGAGGGCGUCAACGGCAAGGAGCUGAGUGGAAGGACAGUGCGCGUUGACUAUGCUUCCAACAGGACAGAGGGUGGCGGAGGAGGGGGAGGCCGAGGAGGCGGCAGGGGGGGAUAUGGGGGCGGAGGGUAUGGGGGUGGAGGAGGGAGGUACAGCGGUGGUGGUGGUGGCGGUGGGUACGGGGGAGGAGGUGGUGGGUACGGCGGGGGGAGGUAUGGGGAGGGAGCCGGUUACCCUGGUGGCGUUCAUGUUCAGCCAUGCCAGUGGUUCUCGCCGCGCCGCCAACUCUCUCUCAAGGAUACUGCUACCGUCCCAUACCCCGUCCCACCUCCUCCUCCUCAUCGCGCCACCACUUUCGCCUCCCUUUGUCGUCGGUCCUCCCCCGUUUCAUUAACGCGAGUGCCUGAGAUGAGUGUGACUGAGCCGCACCAGCUGCUGCCGCCUCCUCACCAGCUCCCCCCUCCCUCUUUCCCCCCCCCCCCUCCCUCUUUUCUCCCCCCUCCCUCUUUCCCCCCCCCCCCCUCCCUCUUUUCUCCCCCCUCCCUCUUUUCUCCCCCCUCCCUCUUUUCUCCCCCCUCCCUCUUUUCCCCCCCCCUCCCUCUUUUCUCCCCCCUCCCUCUUUUCCCGCCCCCGUCCCUCUUUUCUCCCCCCUCCCUCUUUUCUCCCCAUGUUCUCCCCCCAUCCCCCCGCCAGGUGCCCGAGAUGAGUGUGACUGAGCUGCACCAACUGCUGCUGGCCCAGCAGGCAGGGGGUGGGGGAGAGGGGUUGGGAACGAACGGGAAGGCGGAUGGGGGAGGGGCUGGGGGGGAAGAGGGGAGAGGGGAAGUGGGGGGAAGGGGCAUGAGUGGAGAGAGAGGAGCAGAGGAAGUGGCGGGAGCGGGAGAGGGUGGGCGGGGUGGGCGGCGGGUGGUGGUGGUGGAUACGCGCACAGAGGAGGAGGCGGCAGUGUCGAUGAUUCCGGGCGGCACACUGAAGCAGAGCGACUUUGAGCGGCAGAUGGGACGAUUCAGCGAUCACCAAGUCGUGUGCUACUGCACCAUAGGCUAUCGCAGUGGCAACUACGCGCGCAUGCUGCGAUCUCACCACAGCAUGGACGCAGCCAACCUCAGGGGUUCCAUCCUCGCAUGGACCCACCACCGCCUCCCCCUCACCUCCCUCUACCACCCUGAAACCGGCUCUGGCCCUCUCCCGCUCCCUCCUCACGCCAACACUAGCGCCAGCACCAGCUGCGACACCAGCAGCAACAUCAGCAGCGACACCAGCACCUCACAUGAGGCAACAGCCCAGCAUCAGGCAACUGCUGGUCAUGAAGCACCAGGAAAGGAAGCAUCGGGCUUGGGUGCGGCCACGGAUCUGCCAGUGCUGCCCUUGGGAGCCACCACGCGGGUACACGUGUACUCACCCAAGUACGAGCUGCACGCAGAUGGGUACCAACCG